AUGCUUCAUUCAUUUAAUAUACUAUGUAAACUUCUGUUAAUAUUUACUACGCUAAUAGGUCACACGAAAUGCAAUCCGCCGUUGAACACCGAAGAAUCGGUUACCCAAUUGGGCUAUCCGCUGGAAAAAUACAAGCUCCAAACUCUGGAUAAGUUUACACUAGGCUUGGAACGGAUACCUUAUAGCAAACGCGGCGACCGGACCAUUGGCAAGCCUAUCUUGUUGAUGCACGGUUUGUUCCUGAGUUCUUUCGUAUUCUCCAACACGAAUAAAUCGUUGAGCUAUUCGCUAUCUGAGGCUGGAUACGACGUAUGGUUGUUCAAUGCCAGAGGGACAGGAUUGUCCAGAACAUACAGUAUUUACUCAAAGACGGCAACGGCACCGAGAAUGGACAGGAUGUCAUGGGACUUUAGUUUCCACGAAAUGGGCGUCUACGACUUCCCGGCCGUCGUCGACUUUGUCCUGAACAAAACAGGACGCGCCAAAUUAGACGUUGUGGGCUACUCGUUGGGCGCGACCAUUGCACUUGUCGGACUAUCAGAUAAGCCCUCGUAUAACAGCAAGAUCGACAAACUAGUGUUGAUGGCGCCGACAACCAGAAUGAUAUCGUACGGAUUUCCGGUCUCUGCGUUUUACCGCGGUUCCUUGCUGUUUAAAUACACAAUGAAGGAUCAGAACUUUUUCCCAGCUGCUCAAGAUCCAGAUGCUGCACAUCGUUUUUUGAGAUGGUUGUGUACAUAUAGAAUUUUAUAUCCGUUUUGUUUACUAUGGAUAGACACUGCACAAGGCUCUAGACUUAAUUACAAAAGAGAUAUGGUCAUCAGUACUAUAACAGAUUUCCCACAACCGGUAUCGAAAAAAAUGUUAUUUCAUUGGGUUCAAUUAAUGUCAUCAAAAAGGUUUUGUAAAUAUGACUAUGGAACAAAUGGAAAUAUGCAAUAUUACAACAUGAAAUCACCGCCAGAUUAUAAUUUGUCCAAAGUCACUACUCCAGUUUAUAUUUUACAUUCAAAAAAUGAUCAUUUAUCUGCAGUAAAGGACGUUAAUUGGUUGAGAAGUAAACUGCCAAAUGUGAAAGACGUCUACUUCAUCAACAACAUUAAGUUCGGGCAUCUGAGUUUCGUGAUGCAUGACAACAUCGAUCAGCUUGUAAAUAAUAAAAUAAAGAAUGCAUUGUCAACAAAUGCAUUCAAUUAGAAUAUAAUUUCGUAAAAUAGCAUUAAAAUGUUUUCUAUAGAAUUUGUUAUUUACUAUUGUUCAUCUUGUUACAUUAUAAAACGAUAUUUUGUACACUGCACGAAUAAUGCACAAUAAUAUAGGUAUACCUAUUGAUAAUUUAUUGUAUUUAUUGUGUAACUCAAAAAUGCCUUUUGUAUAUUCUAAUUGAUAUUUUAUGUUAAACAAAUAAUUAAAAAAUUACGAUUUAUCUGUAGGAACUUUUUCCGAUUUAUACUGUAGUAAAAUAAUUAUAUUAGUUCAUGUAAAUAAACUUAUUUAGUACCUAUAAUAAUUCGAUGAGUAGAAAGUAUAAUCUAACACGGUAUAUAAAAUUGUUUGUAUACAUUACACACGUCAUUGGUAAUCGAUUAUAAAAAACGUUAUUUAUGUUCGAUUAUAUUACUGAUCAUAAAUUACUAUUGCGUACAGAAAAAUUAUUUUUUAAAUAAAACAUUUUUUUUUCAAAAUUAUUAUACCUAUUGUGUAUUUGUUUAAU